AUGCACCGCUGUAACGAAACAAAACUUCCUGGUUGUGUAUAGUUUUUUCUCGUUCAUCAAGGAGCAAGUUAUACUUUGUAGAUUUUAAGAAAUGUACUAAUAAAUAUGAAAAUGUAUAGCUAGUUACAAGUAAUCUUUUCAUCUCGCUCUUCGUUCGAUUAAAUAACGAGAAAAUAAAGCACGUCAUAAGAAAUAUCGAAUCUAACCAUCGCUAAUAAAAAUAUGAUAUUGUAUGUAUGCUAAAUAUUUAUCUGUAAAAUAAAUAAAUAAAUAAAAACUUUACAAUAGUAUAGAUAUUAUUGGAGAGGUCCUAAUUUAAACGACUACAAAUAAAUUAAAUGAGUUCAGUCGAUAUUGGAUUUGAGAUUUAAAAGACUUAGUGUUUUGAAUAAAUCAAUGUGCACACUUUCUAAGUUUCUUUCACGCUGUUACAUUUUUAUUCAAUUCACUGUGAUAACAUUUUUUUUUAAAAAAAAGCAAUUUUUAUUUGGCAUGAUGGAUAGAAGAUGUAACAGUUGUGCUUCAAAAUUUACUCUCUUCAAAAAAGAGCUGGGUUGUAAGAACUGUGGCCACUCCUAUUGCUCGGGAUGCCUGGGUUACAGUGCUGUGGUGCCCCGAUGCGGGAACACACAACAGAAGGUCUGCAAACGGUGUCAUGGAAACCUGACUGGUCGAGGAACCCAGAACAAUAACGCAAAGUGGUCUCCUCCUGAGAACUACAAAAAGCGUGUGGUAGCUCUGGAGGCCAGGCAGAGCCAGCAGGGGGCACCAUCGCAGCACGGGACCCGCAUUCCUGUUCAAGACCACUCCCUGUACCGUGGGCUGAGCAAGGAGGAUCGGGCCAUUGCAGAGAGACUGGAGAGACUGAAGGCCGAUACCAAACCCAAGACAAUCCCCUCGGAGAAAGAAAUUGAGUCCCGCCUGGCGGCACUGAAGGCGGACCCAGCCCAGCCCGUCCCCUCUGCCUCUGAGAUGGAGAACAGGCUGGCUGCUCUACAGGGGAGGGCCCCACCAUCCCAGACCCCCAGAGCCGUACACCAGCCUCCGGACUCAAGAUCGCAGACUGAAAAAGCCAAUGAUUUGUUAACCCAGCUGUCUGAAGAGGUGGCAAUAGAUAAUACAUUUGCACCACAGACAGGCACAGAAGACACAGAAGUCCCUCUGAACAACCUAAACAAGGGGGAGAGCACUCUGUAUGGGAACCUUGACGACCUGCAGGAGAACGUGAAGCAGCUGGAGGCAGAGAAGAGCAGACUGCUGGAGGAGGCCAUGGCAGAGCUGAAACAGGACAACAUCUGCCAGGAACAGGUGCUGCAGAUGGCAAAGAGGCUGGCUGCUCUCAAAGGAGAGGACCCUGACAAGAUAACUGCAGAGAAUUACAAACAGCCAGAGAGUGAUGAAGAAACUGAGGAGGAGUCUGUACAAAGAGUUUUAAAGCAGCUGUCUGAAGAAGCAGCUAUAGAUGAAGCUAGUGGCUAUAACAUUCCACCUGAGUUGACCAGACCAUCAAACACGAUGAAGCAAGCAGGGAAAACCAAACAGAUGCCUUCUGCUGCACCUCCAGCAGUGACUCAGAAGCCUGUCAAUGUUCCCCGGGAGCCAGACAGCGAUGAUGAAGAAUUGCCCUGGUGCUGUAUCUGUAACAGUGACGCCACACUACGCUGCCACAGCUGUGACGGGGACCUCUUCUGCCAAAGAUGUUUCAGGGUAGGACAUGAUGAAUGUGACAGAAAGGAGCAUCGAACAGUCAGUUACCAACCGCCGAGAAAACAGAAGAAGAAGAAAUGAAAUGCUUGGGGAGCUUGCCAACAAUAAUAACCAAACACUUGAGUCGAGCUCAAUGCAUAUUACCUGUAACACUGCAUGGCGAGCAUAAGACAGUAAUCCUCUGACUAAUGGAAUGAGCCAUAGAAUACAAGCAUUACCCCUCCAUGCAGACAGCCUUCCUGCAUGUUGUUUGCAUUGCUGUUGGUAGAUCCAAGACUCAAAUGUGGCAGUAAAAGUGUAUUAAUAUUAUUAUAGUGCAGUAGCUACAACAAUAUUACACUUAAGUCUGGUUUUGUGUAUUGCCUGUUGGCUUAAAGGAAUGCUAACCAGUGCUUUAAAAUAUAUUUUAGCUUUAUGAACACCAGCCCCCUUUUAUUGUACUGAGAAUUGUUUGGAUCUUCACUUUUUUAUAUAGAUAGAUUAUGUAAAUGCUUAUUGCUAUAGAUACAUUCUGGUACCUUUCUGUAGGUCUGAUGCUAAACAAUGAACAGAUUCCUUACCAGGAAGCAGCAGCAACUUUUCAUCUAUUGCGUUGCAAUUGAAAUACCUGCAAAUUAACAAAUAACCAACAUAUCCCCAAUUGAAGAGGGAGGGAGAGGAAUGGGAGAGACAUUUUCUUUCGUUUCAUUCAACACAACAACAGUUACAAAAAAUGCACUUAUUUCAUGAAUUGUAUUUUCCUGAAAAAACUAUUUUUCUCAGCUAAAAUGUUAAUUGAGUUGGGCUUCAGGACCACAAACAUUUAAUUUCUGUGCACUUCCUGGGUUACGUCACCUGGAGGGUUAAAUUGUCUCCACUCCUACACUGGCUUGUCUCCUGUCAACGUCCAGUUAGCUCCUUCCCCUAUUGACUGACCUGCGUUCGGCCAGUAACAUACUUUGACCCAGAACCCACUGUUGGGAUAAAAUGGCCAAAGCAGUAAAGCAGUAACAGACUUCCUGUAAGGCAUGGCUUGCAAACUGAGAUUUUUUUUUUUUAACCAAGUGUAUAUCAGAUAUUAUGUUUUAAAAUGAAAAUACAUGUUUUCUAUACUAUGCGUUACUUUACAAACUGCACAUUGGUGACCUAUUUCAUGAAUAGAUGUGCAAAAUGGGUAUGAUUCAUGGAAUUCAGUUGUUAGCUACAAUUACUUUAUUCCUGGAUCUAUUAUUAUUAUUUUUAUUAUUAUUAUUAUUAUUAUUAUUAUUAUUAUUAUUAUUAUUAUACCAAUUGCUUUACAAAUUAAUGAAAUCAAGUGCUGCAAAUUAAAUGUAAAGAUUUCUACAAGUAACACAUAUUUAUCCAAGCAAUCAAACUCACACAUAAUUUAUAUUCAAUUCAAUGAAUUAUGCAAAGAAAAAAUCCUUUUCAUUCUAAGUCUUUAUUCAAGAAUAACCCAAAUAAAUGUGAUGCCUCAAAGCAUUUUGAGAUAGAAAUAUUGAAUUCAGUUGCAGAGUCUCCAAAAAAGCACUACAAUUAAACAAUGGUUACCUUCUGUUAAGCCCCUUCUGUGAACCAUUAUUGAGAGUACAGUAAGAUCUCUAUAUCAUCUAAACUAAUUGGGAUCAGCGGGUGUUCGGAUAAUCGAAUUGCAAUUGUGAAUUUGUUUAUAUGACUUUCCUAAUCAAAGAUAUAAUCCAGCCCUUUUAUCAAGUAAAUAUACAAAAUACUGUAGUGAUCUGUUCUGUAAGUACCAGGGGAUGAAGGGCUGGAUAGUGCAUUUUCUAUGACAAUGGGGAAAGCACAGCACACUACAAGCCAGGUUACCAAGGGGCUGUUCGGAUAACAGAGACGCUGGGCAAUCAGGGUUCGGAUAACACUAUGUAACACAAUUUUUGUUCCUGGGUAGUAAGUGUUAUUUCCUAAUUGCUUAUGCCUCAAAAGUAUAGAAAAUGGCUAUUAUUCCCCACAAACUUUGCUUUUGUGACCAGGACAG